CAGACUGAGAUUUGACAGAAGGUCCUAUAAUUAUAAGCUAAUUAUAAGGCUUUUAUUUGUUCUUAAAGGAAAAGGUGGAUCCAGAAAUGACUGCGAAGAGACUUACUGCGGACCUUACCCCGAAUCUGAACCAGAAGUAAAAGCCGUGGUUAAUUUUCUCAGAAAGCACAAGGAUCGUAUUAAAGCAUACCUAACAAUGCACUCUUACUCCCAGAUGGUUCUGUUUCCAUAUUCAUAUACUAAAAAUAUAUCUAAAGAUCAUGAUGAGCUGCAACUGGUGGCCAACCAAGUGACGGGUGCUAUUAGAAACGCCUACCACAACCGCUACGUGGCAGGCUCUGGUGCACAGACAAUCUAUUUGGCCCCAGGUGGUUCGGAUGACUGGGCUUACGACCAAGGUAUUAAGUAUUCUUUUACUUUUGAGCUUCGGGACAAAGGAAGAUAUGGAUUCUUACUUCCUCAGCAUCUCAUUAAGCCAACCUGCUACGAAGCAAUCACCGGAAUCAAAAUCAUAGCUUCACAUGUGAUUAACAAUAUGUAAACCAUGCCAUCCCAUUUUGGCAUUAUGCAGCACAGCAUUACACACA